UCGGCCCGCGGCGGAGGAGGCGUGGGUGUGGGUUUUGGAAAGCAGAGAAGGGAAUCCCCGUCAGGAAUCUGGCUGAUAUUUAAUUAACAAUAUGAACAUGUUUCUUACAGCAUUCCAGAGGGUAUAAAAGUUACCAAUCAUGGAAUACAUUCAUUUAAUCCAGCAUUUGGUUGAAACUAAGCAGAGACUUUUAGUGUCAGUGAAUUUUUUGAAAUUUUAUUGCAGUUCAAGUUUUAUCUGCAAAAGCAACAGCGAUGAAGAAGGUUUGUUGGUUUUCGGUUGGAGUUAUUUUACUUGUUGUAGUAAGUGGUCCUGUAGAAGCUGCAAAGAUGAGAAAAGGACUAACUUGUUUGUCGAAAAGAUUUAUUAGAAAAUACUGCACCUCAACUGAUGAAGAAAUCGAGAGAGAUGAAAAGGGAUUUGUACCUCAUGAAAUUAGAAAGUACGAUUGCCGUAACUUGAAUGUCACACAAAUAAUUGACAAACCAUGCGAUAAAAAAUGUCGAGACCCUGUGACAAAAAAGAAGAAGCCUGGUAAAUUAUACAAGGUUGAAAGAAUUUGUUAUUACAGAGAGUAUGAAAACAGAGACGGAAAAAUUGAAAAAAUAAAAUUGACUGCUGGAUGCAGAUGCGUCAAGAGACGACAAAAAUCAUAAUAGCGCGGAACACGAAUAGCAAUUCAAAUCGAGUGGAAUAAAAUUAAAUGACAAUGUAUUAUUUUUACCCUCUUCUUCACCAACACAUUUCAUAAAAAUUCUCUGAAUUAGCUAAUCGUACUGGUUAAUGAACAAUUGACAACUCUCAAAUCAACAUUUUUUCAAUGCCUAAAAAAUUUAUUAUUAUUUAUUUAUAUACACUUAUUUAUUGUUGUCGUUUAUUGCUUGUAUUUAUUGUUCGCUAAACAUAAAGCGGUAUCUCUAAUUUGCCUAUUUAUUAAUUUGGUACUUUCCUACAUUCGCAUUUAUAAUUAAUGUCCCAGAGCAAAAUACAAGAGUCACUGAAAAGCAGUAUUGUGGUUCCCUUUAAUACGUAAAGUUAAUUUGAAUCCUUGCAACCCCGUACGAUAACAAAAUAAUGUCGAUAACGUUGAAAGCACUAAAUGGCGACUUCUGUGCGCAAAAGUGGACAACUCACCGUGUCUAAACUUGAAAACAUUGACGGUUGAUUAAUUGACUAACACCGUUAUAUAUGAAGAAUGUAUCUCUAGAGACAUAUCAUAUACCUCUAUCAGAAACAGUUUUGAAUGUUGUUGAGUUCUCGUGAAAACAUAUUAAACCGUAUUGACUGUAACUUUUCGCUUUCCUUAUCAUUUAUAUUUUUUGUACAAUUUUGGUGCAAAACAGAUUAAAGAGCAAAAUUGACGAGUACUUUUAUACAUGCUUUCAGAUGUAUUAUCCAUUUUUAUGCUUUUGAAACGUACAUAGCACUUUUUUAUUAUAUACAUUAUUUUUUUUUAUCAUAGUAUUGUUUCAAAUUUGUAAUUGAUAUGACCUGUGAAU